AUGAAUAUACGUUUCAGGCCAGGGAUCUGCAAGAUGCCUCCUGUGUGAGAGGCAACGAUAAUGGGGAAGCGGGACCCCAGCGCAUCGGGGAGGACACACCGAUCGCUGGAGAAAGCCCCUCAAUGCGGUUGAAGUGAGGACACGGCGCUUCAGUGUCAUUUCGACGAGAUCUAAAUAGGAGAAACCUGGAAGAUAAUCAACUGCCUUUGGAUUGGUAAUAUUUUGCACAGGAUUAAGAACGAGGCUUGUGUGCGUUUGGGGGGAGGGGGGCUUGGGAGGGCGAGGGAAUUUUGGUGGAAGGACAGGUUGUUGUUAUAAAUCGUGGGUUAUGAAAUUAAAUAUUGUGUUGUUACUAUGGGAAAUUUUGAAAGGGAAUUUCACCGGCGCAGAGAGGAUCUAGUCACACGAAACCUGUGACACAGCGAAUACAGUUGGCAUAAAUCAGAUUUUCUCCUGCCUUUUGUCCGCCGGGCGGCGAUGUCCGCUUUCUGCCUCAAUCUGCACUCAUCCACGGCUGCGAUUUCAGCACCACCCGAGUUGGACAGCGACUGCAUGGAGGAACCGCUGGAGCACAGCAUCAAACCCCCUCAAGACUCCGGAGGGUUCCCGAGUCAUUCGCUGCUUUACACCGGUCCCGGAGGCCUCGGAAUGGCACUGGAAGAAGAACUGGCCAUGUUAACCAGGGACCGGGAGGAAAGCGCUGACUUAACCGCCUUGGAAACGCCUGUUAAUGGGCAGGAUCCAGACUUACUGUCGCUCUUCCGACAAAAGGAGAAGGACUUGGUAUUGGCUGCUAAGCUCGGGAAGGCACUGCUCGAGCGAAACCAAGACUUGACUAAGCAAUAUGAAAAAAUGAACAAAGACCUCAACGAGAAACUGGAGCACCUGGAGCAGGAGAAACAUGAGUUGCGGCGGAGGCUGGAGAGCCGGGAGGGGGAGUGGGAGGGCCGCGUGGCCGAGCUGGAGACGGACCUCCGGCAGCUGCAGGGGGAGCUGGAGAAGCAGCAGGCCCAGCUGCGGGAGGCCGACCGAGACAAGACCCGGGCCAUCGCCGAGCUGUCGGAACAGAACCACAGGCUGCUGGAGCAGCUCAACCGGGCUGCGGAGGUGGAGAGGCAGCUGUCCACUCAGGUCCACUCGCUCCGGGACGAUUUCCGGGAGAAGAGCAUUUCCACCAGCCAGCACAUGUCACGCCUCGAGAGCCUCCAGGCAGAGCAAGGGCUAGAAAUAAAGAUGCUCUCCGAGCGCAAGAGGGAGCUGGAGCGGCGCGUAGGCGCCAUGCUCGAGGAGAACGAGAUGCUGCAGACCACAGUGGACGAGCUGCAGGAGAGGACGCUUGUGCUGGAGAGACAGUGUCAUGAGAAGGACCUGCAGCUGCGUCAGAGCCAGCUGGAGCUGCAGGAAGUGCGCGUGUCACACCGGCAGCUGAGCGCCAGGCUGGAGGAGCUGAGCGAGGAGAGGAACCUGCAGGGCCUCGGCCCCCACCCCGCCAGCCUGCUGUGUGAGAUCGAGCAGAGCAUGGAGCAGGAGGAGCUGGAGCAGGAGAGGGAGCAGCUGCGGCUCCAGAUGUGGGAGGCGUACUGCCAGGUGCGCUCCCUCUGCUCUCACCUGCGGGGCAAUGACAUCACGGACUCGGCGCUGUCCACGGACUCCUCCAUGGACGAGUCGUCGGAGACGUCGUCCGCGAAGGACGUGCCCACGGGCAGCCUGCACACCAGCCUGCUGGAACUGCGCAGACUCACGCAGAACCUGAUGGACGGCAACGAGUCCACGGGCUCACGGCGCAGUGACGAGGAGGCUCUAGAGGACCAGGUGCGGAAGCUAGGGGAGGAGCUUCGAGCAGUCAGGGAGCUGUACGACAAUGAGCAGGAGAGAACACGGACCAGCCAGGAGGAGACGCUACAGCUGCACAACCAGGUGGCGCUGCUGUCGGUAGAGCUGUCCUCUUUGCGGGAAGACAGCGAGCGUCUGCGAGCGAUGGCGGAGGUGCGGGAGCCAAGCGAGCAGCUUCAGAGCGCCAUCCGAGACAGAGACGACGCCAUCGCCAAGAAGAAAGCAGUGGAGAUGGAGCUGGCCAAGUGCAAGAUCGACAUCAUGUCUCUCAACAGCCAGCUGCUGGACGCCAUUCAGCAGAAGCUCAACCUGUCACAGCAGCUGGAGGCCUGGCAGGAUGACAUGCACAGAGUGAUUGACCAGCAGCUGAUGGACAAGCACCAGGACGAGUGGAGGGUUUCUCCUUACUCCUUCUCCGGGGGGUCAGGGGGUCGAGGCGGCCCCUCCGCCCCGCCCUCCAGAAGGACCCGUCGCCAAGCCGACGGGGACAAGAAGCUCUUCUCCUUCUUCAAAAAGAACUGAGCCUGGAAAGGGAAACGGCUAGAGUUAGAGAGGGGGAGAGAGAGAGAGAGAGGGAGGGCAGGAAGGAGAGAGAGAGAAAGAGCAAGGGAGAGAGAGGAAGAGAGUCUGAAGCAGGUACAGAUAGCCAAAGAGUAAAAUUUGAGACACACCAGGCCAGAGAGCAGCGCUACGCAGAAACAGGAGCUGGUCACGGGUUCGCUGACAUGUCAUUGUGCACUUUAUCUGUUCAUCAUUCUACUCUCGGCUGAUACUAAAGAGGUAAAGGGGGGAGAGAGGGAGAUGUGAGCUAAGCUGCGUUACUCUCCAAGCGGCCUGGGGCUUCCCGCCACGACUGAGUGAAUGCGUUCCUUCAAGGUGAACUGAACACAGCAGUGCCUCCCUGUGCUGUGACCCUCCCCCCUCCGCCUGAAUGACGCAGACCGAAUGGGGUGUGACCUCGUCCCCGGUGACACCGCGCCCAUGGGCGGGGCAUAGGGGGGUUUGUGACAUCACCGCAGAAAACUCAGCCGUCCUCUCAGGUUUAUUCCUGCAAACCGAGGCCUUACCGUUGGGAGUUUGGGGCAAUUAAGUCUGUAAUGGUCGUUAUUAACCUGCUCUCUCAUUUAAUCCACAGAGCGGUUUGUGUUGGCGCAGGUCUCAUGGCUGAAACGGAUAGCAUUAAAUCCUAAUUCUUUCGUCCAGUCCCUAAAUGGAUUUGAUUUAAAGCUAAACUCGGGAGAGUUUCUUUUUGCAGGGCAGCUAGUUUCCUGGGCUGUGCGAGAUUGGGUCACAGGUUUAGUUUGAUAUUGGAAAUGAGGGCGUAGAAGCAACAGAGCAACACUGCGGUUGUGUUGGCAACAGUUGUGGCAACCGUCGGAUUGGCAACGGUUAUGCCACAACGGUUGUAACAAUGAUGGUCUUCACAAGAAGGAUCAUUUGCUAAUGUUCCGAUUGCCAGCAGUCAUCCUAGACACAGGCAGAUGAAAGUGGGCUGGUGUGACAAAGGCGAGGAUGUAGCAUGUGGUGAAACUGCUUUCUUUCUCUCGCUUGGAAAGAUUUGGCUAACGUGCCUGUCACAGCAAAUGCUCAGCCCGGGGGCACAUUUUGGCCCGUUCUGCACGCCGCUCGGCCAGGCCAGGCCGCACUGGCUCUGGCAGGCCUUAAAGAGGGGAGCCCUGACAGAUCUGGAUAUACCGAGAGACGGCUGAGUUUGGCUGCUGCAGGAUGCCAGGCCUGCGCUGGCCAUUGCAUCGGUACCAGGACUGCAUUUCCCAUGCACCACUGGGACAGGGUUCCGCACGAGACACUCAGGGUGAAAGAGGGGGUCACAGCCCAGCGCCAGGACCGUGGUGAUCAAGCAUGUAUUUAAACUGACCAAACGCCCC